AUGCCGGCCGCGUUGAACGCAGAGAAGUUCGUUCGCUAUUUCGGCAAUGAAAAGACAACCCACUUCACUUUAAGUAUCUUCAGCAUGGCUCUGAUGAUUGCAAAGGAUAUCCAUGACAAGGAAAGGUACGGGGAUAUCCUUGUCUUCUUCCAGUCUGUUGAGGAGGUUGAGGAGGUUUGCAAUUUGCUCCGCAAGGAGAUAGUUUAUGUUAUAGACCUCGGCAAGUCCAAGAAAUCUGAUAGUAACCCGCGCAUGGGAUUGGAAUCCCUUCUCAAGGGUCCCAUCUCUCAGGCUGCCGCUCGUAAGCGCGCAGGUCGCAUCAAGCCUGGCUUUUGCUAUCGCCUCUACACCCAUUAUCUUUCAUGGAAGGCCAUGGGCUUUGAUGAUGUGGCUCAUUUCGACUUCAUCAUGGAUAACAGACAGUGGUUAUUUAAUAUAUUCCUCAACCAGCGUGUUCUAGAAGAAGCUACAAACUUAGGAUCGACGACAACUCAAGGAACAGUUCUGCUCGUUGUUAGAUUGGAGAAUGAAAUGUAA